UUCGAGUCAUUCGCCAUUGCCAGGAAUUGGUUUAUAACUAGAUAAGCAAAAUGGCUGCUCAUAAGAUUGCACAUGCCACCUUGAAAGGUCCAAGUGUUGUGAAGGAGAUCUGUAUCGGGGCCACACUUGGCUUGCUUGCUGGUGGCUUGUGGAAGAUGCAUCACUGGAAUGAGCAGAAAAAGCUCAGGACAUUUUAUGAUAUGCUGGAGAAAGAUCAGAUUAGUGUUGUUGUGGAUGAGUAGCUCCUCCGUAUCCGUUUUGAUUCUGUCAAUGCCUUCUCCUUUAGCAAUUUGGUCAGCUUGGGUUCCUCAAGAUCUAUUCUAAGAUGCAAAUGAGCAUACUUGGUUAAUCACUGGCUAUUGAGAAAUAAGUUUUUUCUGAUUCUGAAACUUGUAAGACCGAGGCCGUUAUAUUGCAUGUAAACCCUUUUUCUGUUGUGUUUUCCCGUCAUGAUUAAUUGAAAUGCUACAGAAGAUUUCCAUGCUA